AUGAAUGAAAUUCUCCAAGGUGUAGAAUAUAUUCACAAUCAGGGAGUUCUACAUCUGGAUCUUAAGCCGGAAAACAUACUGUGCUUGUCCAGGACCAGUUUCAAAAUCAAAAUCAUCGAUUUCGGUUUGGCUCGAUUUUACGACGGAAAAGAGAUUUGCGUGUUAUUUGGCACACCAGAAUUUGUCUCGCCUGAGGUCAUUUCCUACGAGCCUGUCAGUCCUGCUGCCGAUAUGUGGUCUAUCGGCGUGAUUUGUUACGUCAUGCUCUCUGGUCUCUCUCCGUUUAUGGGUGAUAGUCAAGGUGAAACACUGGCAAAUAUCAUGAAGGUUACAUACGAUUUCAAUUAUCCAGAAUUCGCGGAAAUUUCGGAAGAGGCACGUGACUUCAUUCGACGCUUGCUGGUCAAAGAUCCUCGACGGUGCUCUCGAUUUUCGAUUCUUUCACUUCCUUCCUCAUCUCCUAAACGACAACAAUUGAAGCGCAAAGGAACAGUGAGCAAAAAGCGAUUGAAGCAUUUUGUUUAUCGCCGAAAAUGGCAAAAAGCUGUCAACGCUAUUAUCGCAUUGCAACGCAUGGGAGUCGUUCUUCACCACCCAUGUCUACCAGAACAAGAAUUGUCCGGGAUUCAGCCGUCGAACACACUGAUUGACAGUUCGCGUGCACCUGAUAAUAAAAUAAUCAUUCAACCGCAACCCACACCGGUCGAAUCUCCGGUUACACAGUCCCCUAAGACCAAGAGCCGACGUAAAUCGUUGAAGUCAAUGAAUCGGAGUCUAUUUGGUCGACUAACAACAAAGCGUUUACUUCACUCAGAUAGUUUGGGUUCAGAGGACAGUUCAAGCAGUCCUGCGUCACCCAGUCCACCAAACACAAGUAGGCGACCUUCUAUUUUGAGCAAACUAGGUUGGAAUCCGUCCGGUAGCAAUGCAUCCAAAACUGCCACAGGCAAUACACCCAGUAUAGCGAAAUCAUCUGCAUCCGUGAACCAGGAACAUAUGAGGUCUCCAACGCCGGAGAAAAGGAAAAAGAAGAAGUCAGGUGAUUUUGAAUCCACAAAGAUGGAAAUGUCAUCAUCGCAAAAGGAUAAAAAAGGUAAAACCGCCACGGUGGUCGGGAAAUCGCAGGAGACAGUCAAGUCGGAAGCACCCGAAAAGAUAUCUGCUUCGGUCGUUCUCAAGGACACGAUGCAAUCUUCCAAACCGAUGACUUUCGUUGCUGUAACAUCGGUCCAAGUGGAUUCGAAGCAGAAAAAUACUUCUACCGAACAAAUUAUGGGCGUAACCAGACAUUCAGACGGCACCAACAAAGAGAACUACUCAGAACACACGAAAGACCAGAAUUCCAUUACCGCGGACAAAAAGCUCUUCAAUAGUACUGAGCCUCGAUCCAAGGCUCCGUUUACCGUGGAGCUAAAACGGACUCCUGUAAAGCCGAAUUCCCAAAAGCCGACUCAUAAAAGAGUUGUAGCACAGGGUACCAGUAUUGCUUCCCGAAUUGGAUUUUUCAGCAACCUAACCGGAAAACCGGAUUCAAAACCCUAG